AUGGUCCUCGUCAAGAUCGCUUUAAUCUUCUUCCUCGCCUACGCUCUCCUCCCUGUCACAUUCGGGCAGGUGACCAUCACCGUCCCGUCGGGAGCUACUCUGCCCUCGGGUGCUACGCUGCCCAGCGGCGUCUCGGUCGUCACGGCCGGCGCCACGACCAACACGGUCCAGGGCAACGCCAACCGCCGCCAGGUCACCAUUACCGUCCCUUCAGGCGCCACCAGCCCCUCCGGCGUGACCCUCCCCUCUGGCGUAUCGGUUGUCACUGCCGCCGGCACCACUGCCGCUGCUGAGCGCCGUCAGGUCACCGUCACCAUUCCCAGCGGUGCCUCCAUCCCCUCCGGCGUCACCCUUCCCUCUGGAGUGUCCGUCGUCACCGCUGGUGCCACCAGCAACUAA